CUUUCCGCCCCUAAAGCAUACCGUUCCUCUCGUUGUCUCCGUUCGACACACACAUCGGUCUACUGCCCCUCCUUAGCUUGUGUCUAGUCAAGGCUCAGAGCUCACUGUGUCUACUAUCCAUUCCCCACCACGCCGAACUCUCCUUCCGGUCACCAUGUCUCAAACAGCAAAUUCUCCGGCCGGUGGUGGUGGUGGUGCUCGGGUCAAUUGGCAGACGCAACUUCAAGAGUACUGCCGGAAAUCCAAAAUACAGGCCCCCGUCUACAAUAUUUUUUCCGAACGCCGAGGAGGUCGCACGGCUUGGUCUAGUUCCGUCGCAGUCUCAGGCCAGACCCUCGUGGCACGAUAUUGGUAUGAUGGCGAGAAUGUCAACAAUGCCAAAGAAGACGCCGCAGAAGUCGCCCUAUCGUGGUUGACUCCAGGUUCUUCGUCCGCCUACACCGGGCAGUCGCCCUCUUAUCAGCAGCCCAGAUUCAAUUAG